AACUUGGAAAAUUCACAAUUAAUCAUUAUUUUUCCACAACUUUUUCUUCUCAAUUUCUCUCUCAAUAUUCAUCUUCUCCCUCACCCUCACUAAAGUUCAUCUUCAUCACCAUUUAGAAUUUCAUAUUGAAGUUCUAAAAUGGUGGAACUUAGCCAUCAACAAUUUCUAUAUCAUCAUCAAUAAUUAUCAAUCAACAAUUCAAGCAUUAUCAUCAAAAAUCGUCCAUCAACAAUUCCUACACUAUCAUCAACAAUCAUCAUCCAAGAUUCAUCAAUUCAAACUUAUUCAUCAAUAUUCUACAUCCAAAAUUCAUCUUCUACAUUAAUUUAUCAUAAAAAAUAAUCAUCAAGCUUGGAAUUUAAUUGGAUUAAAGGAGCUUAUUCUUGAAGUAUUCCGAGUUUCUCUUUGACAUUUCGAUUCUCAACACUAAUCAGAGCAAAUCUCCGUUCCGUCGGUUCGACCGAAAGGAAGCUAAAUUUGUAACGUUCCAAAUUUAUCAGACCAUAAUCUGAACAAUAUUUACAUGUCAUUUAGGUUCUUGCUACGAUUUUAACUUUGUGGUUAGCAGACAAAUCGGGUCGCCGGCUUUUACUUAUUGUUUCUUCAUCUGCAAUGGCUUUGAGUCUUUUGGUUGUUUCAAUAUCAUUCUACUUGAAGGAAUAUAUAUCACCAGAUUCUGAUUUAUAUGCGACAAUGAGCCUCGUAUCGGUGGCUGGAGUUGUGGUCAUGGUUAUUGCAUUCUCUCUAGGAUUAGGAGCAAUGCCAUGGAUUAUAAUGUCUGAGAUUCUUCCGAUUAACAUCAAAGGCCUAGCUGGAAGUUUUGCAACACUUUCCAAUUGGUUCUUUUCCUGGUUGGUUACAUUAAUAGCAAAUUUGCUCUUGGAUUGGAGUUCGGGAGGAACCUUCACAAUAUAUACUGCAGUGUAUGUUUUCACAGCAGGAUUUGUUGCAAUUUGGGUCCCCGAGACAAAGGGAAAAACUCUUGAAGAAAUACAACAGUUUUUCAGAUGAAGUUUCCUUUCGAGUAGCACUUCAGCUAGUGUUCACUCAUGUAUUCACAUUCAUAUUUUUUUUUCUGAAUCAACUCAAUUCAUUUUUGUGCUCUUUGGUCUUGUUAAAUAUGAAAAAUACCAAAACAGUGUGAUUUUCUAAUCUAGCAGCAUACUUGCAUUUUUGUUGUAAUUGAUUGAUUAUAAACAAAUAAAUG